GCCGUCCGGGCCCCUCGCCCCGGGUCGGCGGCGGCGGCACGGGGAUGCUGGCGCUGGGGCAGAUGGACGGCGCGCCCCCGCAGGGCGCCUUCCUGCUGGGCAGCCCGCCGCUGGCCGCCCUGCACAGCAUGGCCGAGAUGAAGGCACCGCUGUACCCCGCGUACCCCCUACCCGCCGGGCCCGCCUCCUCCUCCUCCGCCUCCGCCUCGCCCGCCUCUGCCUCGCCCUCGCCGCCGCUCGGCUCCCCCGGCCUCAAGGCGCCCGCCGCCUCCGCUGCCGCCGCGGGCGGGCUCUCGGCGCUGGGCACGGCCCCGCCGCAGCUCUCGGCCGCCACUCCGCACGGCAUCAACGACAUCCUCAGUCGGCCCUCCAUGCCUCUGCCGGGCGCCGCGCUCGCCUCCGCCUCCCCCUCCGCUUCCUCGGCGGCGCCGGCCGGGCUGCUGGCCGGGCUGCCCCGCUUCGGCAGCCUCAGCCCUCCGCCGCCGCCGCCGCCCGCCCUCUACUUCAGCCCUGGGGCCGCCGCCGCCGCCGCCGCCGUGGCCGCCGGGCGUUACCCCAAGCCGCUGGCCGAGCUGCCCGGCCGGACGCCUAUCUUCUGGCCGGGUGUCAUGCAGAGCCCGCCCUGGAGGGACGCCCGCCUCGCCUGCGCCCCCCAUCAAGGCUCAAUUUUGCUGGAUAAGGACGGAAAGAGAAAACAUACAAGACCCACUUUUUCUGGCCAGCAGAUUUUCGCUCUGGAAAAGACUUUUGAACAGACGAAAUACCUGGCGGGCCCGGAGCGAGCCCGGCUGGCCUAUUCCCUGGGGAUGACGGAGAGCCAAGUAAAGGUCUGGUUCCAGAACCGACGGACCAAGUGGCGGAAGAAGCACGCUGCGGAGAUGGCGACGGCAAAGAAGAAGCAGGACUCGGAGACGGAGCGGCUGAAGGGCGCCUCGGAGAACGAGGAGGAGGACGAUGACUACAACAAGCCCCUGGACCCCAAUUCGGACGAUGAGAAGAUAACGCAGCUCCUGAAGAAACACAAGCCGGGGGGCGGCGGGCUGUUGCUGCAUCCCCCGGAGGGGGAGGCCUCCGUCUAGCCUGCUUCGCCCGCCGCCGCUUUCGGAGAUGUACAGAUCUAUUUUUCUAGACUCUAAGCGCCCGGGAGGAGGAGGACACGCCGGAGGGAGAGUAGAGAGGACUGCGGGCAGUGGGCCCCGGCGGGCGCGCCCGCUCCCCCGCGCCACGCGUUGUUGUAGGGUGGCGGGCGGAGGGGAGCGACGGGGGCUGGCCGGACCCCCGGUCCCGCUCCCGGCCGUGCGGCGGCCGCGUCUUUGCCGGCUCUUUGUAAAUAAACCGUGAGUCACUGCUACCAUAGGCGUUCCUUACUGUGAAUAUUUAAAAUGUAAUAUACAUUCUUUUUUUUUUUUUUGUACAGCGGGGGCCGAGGGCACAGCCGUCCUGCCCGCCCCGCUCUCGCCGGCAGCACCGGGGGCACCGCAGAAGCCUCGGCGGGACCGCCGAGGAAAAGCCGGCCGUGGCCGCCACCGGUCCUUCCCUCGGGCCGAAACUGCAGCGGCCCCGCGUGCUAUUUAUUAGUAUUUUUGAAACACUUUCUGUUGCGGUCGUCGUGCAAGGGACGGGGAGAGGGGGGCUGAGGGAGAGGGCGGAGGGACAGAGUUUGCUCUCAUUUACACCGUUUCCAAUCAACAUCGCGUUGAAAAAGUAGCUGGUGGGAAUUGUCACUACCACUGUCAGUCAAAGUAUAAAAUUCAUUUAGUUGCUGUAUUUGAAUUUAAAGUGUGUUUUCUUUUGUAUUAUACGGAAUACUAGAGAAUGUAAAUUGUUUUUUCUUUUUUUUAAGCUAAUAACGAUGAUAUAUCGUGAUAUGGCAUCUUAACAUUUAUUAAUUUAUAUUAAAAAUAAUUCGGUUUGUAAAGAGAAGAAAAGCCCUUUGCAAGACCAGUUAAAUGUAAUGCACUUUCUGUUAAAAAAAAAACAAAAACAACAAACAAAACAACAAAACGAUAAAUCAAUUAAACCAG